AUGUUUCUCUCUUCUCCCCUAUCUUUACUUUUCUCUCUUAACUCUCUCUGUUCCCCGCACUCUCACUUCUUCUUUGUCUCCUUCUAUCUUAUAUCCUCCGAUUCUCUUUCUUUGUCCCCUCUCAUUCUUUCUCCUUAUCUCUCUCUCUCUCUCCUUCCUGCUCUCUCUCUUUCUUUCCUUUUAGUUGUCAAUUCAUUUCUUCACAUUCUCUCUCUUUUAACUUCUUAUCCCUCUCACUCUAUUUUUCAUUCCCCUCGUCUCUGCACUUCUCUCACCUUUCUAUUAUCUUGUCAAUUCAUUUCUUCCACUUUUUUUUUCGCCUUCAUUUCUCACAUUCUCUCUCUUUUAACUUCUUAUCCCUCUCACUCUAUUUUUCAUUCCCCUCGUCUCUGCACUUCUCUCACCUUUCUAUUAUCGUUCUAUAUCCCCUCUCUCUCUCUCUCUCUCUCUCCUUCCUGCUCUCUCUCUUUCUUUCUUUUUAGUUGUCAAUUCAUUUCUUCCACUUUUUUCGCCUUCAUUUCUCACAUUCUCUCUCUUUUAACUUCUUAUCCCUCUCACUCUCUUUUCAUUCCCCUCUUGUCAAUUCAUUUCUUCCACUUUUUUCGCCUUCAUUUCUCACAUUCUCUCUCUUUUAACUUCUUAUCCCUCUCACUCUAUUUUUCAUUCCCCUCGUCUCUGCACUUCUCUCACCUUUCUAUUAUCGUUCUAUAUCCCCCCUCUCUCUCUCUCUCCUUCCUGCUCUCUCUCUUUCUUUCUUUUUAUUCAAUUCAUAUCCCCCGCCUUCAUUUCUCACAUUCUCUCCCUCUCUCUCUCUCUCUCUCACUUACUACUGUUCCUCCUUCUCUUUUGAUCUAUCCUGCCUCUCCCCACCUCUCCCUGUCUUCUUCUUUGGUUUACUCUUCAGAUUCUCACUCUUUGUAUUUUCUCUGUAAUCGUUCUUCUGUAUAUUUAUUCAUAUUUUCUUCUUUUCUUCUUCUUCUUUUUCUCUCAUUCUUUUAUUAUUUAGUAUUAUCAUUCCAGUUUCCUUCCUUAAGCCUGUCCGCCGUUGACUCGUCAGUCCGUUCUCUUUCCUCCCUUCCAUUUUCUUCUUUUUGUUCUUUUAUACUAUUUUUCCUUUUUUUUUUUGUGUCCCCAUUUUUCUGCUUUUCUUCUCUGCUAAUUUCCUUCUACAAAUCUCUUUUUUUCAUCUUCAUAUUUUUCCUUUUUUUAUUAUCUUUCGUCUUCAUUCCUCCUUCUCGUCUGAGUUUUUCUGCUUUUUUAUCCCUUUUCUCUUUCUUUCUUUCUUUCUUUCUUUCUUUCUACUUUCAAGUAUGCUCCUCUUGGCAUUUCUUCUUCUUCUUCUUCUUCUUCUUCUUAUUAUUAUUAUUAUUAUUAUUAUUAUCUUUUUUUUUCACUCCUUCUUUCCGCCUAAUUUUUCUGUUUUUCAUCUCUUUUCUUUCUUUUCUUUUGUCUUUCAUUGUAACACUAUGUUCUUCUUCUUCUUCUUCUUCUUCUUCUUCUUCAUUCCUCCUGAUUUUUCUAAAUUCUCUUCAUUCUUUCUUUCUACCACCGUUCCUCCUCAUUUUCUUCUUCAUUCCUCCUGAUUUUUCUCUCUUUUCGUCCUUUUACUUUCUUUCUUCCACCAAAUAUGUUUCCUCUUGGCAUUUUCUUUCUUCCUCUCUUAUACCAUUCAUACUUAAAAUAAUUCAACUUUUAUGA